AUGAUCAACUACCGUGAUCAGUUGUACGCCUUUCGAUCUCAUGGUAAGGCAGAGAGGUACGAUCCCGUUUUUAAUUGCUGGUGUACUUUGGGCUUGUCCACCGCAUGGUCUGCUAAGGUGGCUGUCGUCAGAGGCGAAUUGUAUGCGAUAGAGGUCAACACAGCAACGGAAAAAUCAACUAUCAAAAGAUACAAUAUUGAGCGGUGUUCAUGGCAGACGGUUUUGUCAUCUCACGAGGACUACAGGCAUGAUUCUUGUGUUGCUGCGGCUGGCAAUCAUCUGUAUGUUUGUGGUGGGUACCUGGCAGGGAAGUACCUUUCGAAGGCUGAGAGAUUUGACACUGUGGAAAACAAAUGGGAGGAAAUCGCAAACAUGCAACAAGAGAGNUUCAUCUACACAGGAAAUGUCGAGGUAACUGAAGAGAAUUAUUGCGAAGAUCUUAUCGCUGCAGCGAACUAUCUUCUCAUUCCGGGCUUGAAAACAGUCUCCGGGCGAUUUCUAGAGCGACAGAUGUCUGAAUCAAAUUGCAUUUCAACAUUUUAUUUUGCUGAGAAAUACCAGUGCGACGAACUCAUAAGUAACAGCAGGAACUUCGUCCACGCAAAUUUUGUUUCUGUAACAGAAAUGGAUGAAUUCUUGAACUUGGAACUUAAAGAAGUCGAGAGGUGGAUUUCAAGCGACGAAAUUGCCAUUGCAGUUGAAGGAGAUGUGUUGAAAAUCGUAGUAAGGUGGAUCGAACGAAACAAAAGCGAGCGGAAAGCAACUUUUGAACAAUUGUUUCGUCACGUACGACUGGCUUCCCUAUCGCGUGACUUUUUAAUCGAUGUCGUGACAAAUGAACUCGUGCAAGAAAACUCUGGUUGUUUAUGGCUGGUCUUAGAUGCUAUAAGGCUGAUGGCUUUUCCAGUGGAAGGAAAUCUUUCGCAGUCGCCGAGAAAAGGGCUUGAUACCCGCGCCAUUGUUGCUUGUGGUGGGAAAUAUACUUUCUGUUAUCUUCCAGAGAAAGACGAGUGGAAGCGUUUAGCCGACGGGUUGUCAAAGAGAGACCAUCAAACUAAGAUGUUAAGCCACCGUGAUCAGUUGUACCUCUUCCCAUCCCAUGGUAAGGUAGAGAGGUAUGAUCCCGUUGUUAAUUGUUGGUGUACUUUGGACUUGUCCGUCACAUGGUCUACCGAGGUGGCUGUCGUUAGAGGCCAAAUCUAUUCUAUAGAGGUCAACACAUCAUCGAAAAAAUCCACUAUCAAAAGAUACGACGUUGAGCGGUGUUCAUGGCAGGCGGUUUUGUCAUCUCAUGAGAACUGCAGGGAAGGUUCUUGUGUUGUUGCGGCUGGCAAUCAUCUGUAUGUUUGUGGUGGGGUCCUGGGAAGCGAGUACUUUUCGAAGGCUGAGAGAUUUGACACUGUGGAAAACAAAUGGGAGGAAAUCGCAAACAUGCAACAAGAGAGAGCGUGCGCUUUUGGUGUGGCAAGUGAAGGAAAGAUUUUUGUAGCCGGAGGGAGGGAUUUUCAAACGUAUCUGAAAACAUGCGAGAUGUUUAACAUUUCGACAAACGAAUGGCAGUUUAUUGGAAGUUUGAAUGUUCCUUGCCUAAUUGGCAGUAUGGUAUGUCUGAAAGGAACACUCUAUGUGCUGGGUGGAACAGAUGGCUCAUGGCGAAAUGAAUUGAGUGUUGAAUGCUAUGACCCUACACAGAACAAGUGGAUCGAGGAGACAAUCAUACCAGUGAAAAGGAUCUCCAAAGACAAUAAUGAUUCAUUCACCGGCUGUGUUCUGAAACUCUCCAAAGGAGUACUAGACAAACUUAAUGUUAUUAAGGAUUAGUGAAACAGCAAAAAGAGAUCUGGUCGUCGGGAAGAAAAACGAAAUUCAAUAUCCUUUACUUUUGCUCAUAUUCGCGAGAGAAAACGUUCUCCUCUGCCGGCCUACGAGUUUUUUCGGUUGAUUUCAUCAGCACUGAAUUAUGAUGAAGAUGUAAUAUUGAACCCAGACCUCCUACGAGAAGGCCGAAUGGAGACUAAGACAGAGUGAAAUCUGGCUACGUCAUAGGAUCAGUUUAACAGUUUUCAAACAUUUUAUAGGAAAGUUUUGUUUUAAAUCUUGUAUUUUCCGCGACCACCGCACAGUAGAAUUAUGAAUAUAUUUGCAUGGUAUCCAUAGUUUUCAGAUUGUUUUACAUUUAGUUGAAACUCACGUAACAAAAUUCUUACCUAUGUUGGAAGCGAAAACUAGAAUUGUCUGAUGUUGACUUGCCGAGAGAUCGAUGAUAUUUAGUGUCCUUCAGCUCAUGGUAAGAAGACAGGUACAACUCUGUUUCAAAGCAACAGUGCCUGCUCAAGAUUAUCACCUGUCAUGCCCAGACCUUUUACUUUUACGGUCAGUGGCACUGAACGAGCGAGGGCUCUGGAAACGAGAUUGGCUGUAAAUUGAGUUUAUAAAAUUUUACAAGAGAAAUUAAUAUGGUGUAGGAAUAUAAUUUUUCACGUUGUUAUUGUAAGAUAGUUUUGUGCUGGUAUGUAGAUUCGUUGGUAUGCAGAUUACGUAAUUAUGCUUAUAAGUUAAUAUUUAAGGAGUUUGUUCGUUAGGAGUUGUUACUUCGACGGCAUCUCCGCUUUUGAUCAGCUCAUUUUGGAAAUUUUGUUUUAGUAAAUUUCCGUGUUUUUGUUUACUACGUUUAUUGCGGUAAUAACUAUCCUAGGGCAAUUUAUAUCUGAUCAAUAAACGAGAUGCCCCCUCCUAUAUGACUGGUGUUUUCUUACUUAUACUAAGUUAGAAAUUAUUUUGUUUUCGUUUCACUGCAGCGUAAUUAGACAACAAGUUUAAUUACCACUUGUCAUGCCCAGAGCUCUUAGAAGCGCAAACGUUGUCAAUCCCAAAUAAACUAAAGCUUGAAUGUGUCUGACUGAGGCUGAUAGGCGGCAAAGAAGAUGUGUUUGUGUGUAAAAUGUUCAACGUGGAUGAAAACUGUCUGAAAGAAAAACGAAACGUAAUACAAUUUUCAUUAUGUAAAUAACUAAAAAAAAAUAUUAAAGCACACCUAUAUCUAAUCAUUCAAAAAUGUCGAAAGGAAUUCCAAAAAGCUGCAAGAAUCGCGUUUUGUGGACACCGCAUGAAUUCAUUUUAAUCAUUGAGCGUUAUUAAUUCUUUGUAACAAAUCGUCCCUGUCUUAGUUAGUUAAGCUGAAUUCUGUGGGAGGCAUUGGAAUAAUUUUACAUGUAAUAGUGAUCGCUUUAGGUUUAAACACACUAAGUGGUGCUAAGAUAGGAAUUGGAACCCAGAAAGGAAAUGACCAUAACUCCCGUCCGGCUUUCCUUUAGGAUCACCACCCUCGCCUUGGAGAGAGGUGCAAGACAAUUUAUUCUCCCUGUGCCUCUCUCCACCAAGGUGUAUCAAUGGGGAAAACGACGAAUUUAAUACUGGGAGGAACGCUACGAUGGACUAGAACACCUCCAGAGGGAAUAGAAAUAGUCCUGGUCGCUUCAUGCUACAGAAACCGAGAUAACCUCCGUCCUGAUCGGCAACUUUGCUCGUACGCAGACCUAACGUUCUACCUUUUUAUUUCUCCCCUGAGAGAAAUUCGACACUGUGGAAAGCAAACUAGCCUGUGUCAAGGGAAGAGGAAAGGUGAGGGAGUUAAUCCCCCAUAUUGACCUUAUCCCUUACUGUAAAUUAUUUUUAGAUAUAGAAUCCCGUCUACCCGUUCCCAUGUGUUCUUGGUCCUUGGUUUUAGCAAAUUGCGCGAGUGAUGAGCUUAAAUUAUGCCCAAAGUGUACUGCCAAUGAUCAUUGUUUU